AUGGCGGUCGACACUGCAGAACUCGAGUCCACGCUGCGGGCGGCCAUUCCCAUUUCCCACCUCGACAUCAUCGACCAGAGCAACGGCUGUGGCGAAAACUACGCCAUCCUCGUCGUCAGCGAGGCAUUCGAAGGCAAAAACACCCUUGCCCGCCACAGAUUCAUCAACGAACUUUUGAAGAAGCAAAUCGCACAGAUGCAUGCGUUCUCCCAGAAAACCUUCACUCCCAAACAAUACGAAACGUGGCUCGCAAAACAGAACUCUUCGUAAUCCACCUUUCCCCUUUCAUACCCCGAUUCCAGACCUGUCCUUUUGAUAGAAUGGAUUACCCUUGAUGUUGUGCGGCAUGCGUAGAUGCAAUUGUACAGAUACUUGCAUUUAUUACUCUUGCAUCUGGAAUCAUAGCAGGCCC